AUGGCAUUUCCUGGCCGUAAUCUUCUGAUAUUACUUCUUUUCUUCAUAUCCUUUUCAUAUUCAAAGUCCGAACUCUCCCUCGACUAUUACAACAAAUCAUGCCCACAAUUCGCUUCUAUCAUGGAACAGAUCGUCUCGGAGAAGCAAAUCGCUAGCCCUGCCACUGCUGCUGGUGUUCUUCGUCUCUUCUUCCACGACUGCAUGGUGGAAGGCUGUGAUGGUUCCUUGCUCAUCGCCUCCACAUCCUUCAACAAGGCUGAACGUGAUGCUGACAUCAACCAGCCCCUCCCUGGAGAUGCCUUUGACCUUGUCACUCGUGCCAAGACUGCCCUCGAGCUCCAAUGCCCUGGCAUUGUCUCUUGUGCUGACAUUCUAGCCACUGCUGCUCGCAACCUUGUCAUAAUGGUGGGAGGUCCUUACUAUCAUGUGCGUCUAGGACGCAAAGAUGGCCUGGUAUCCAACGCUUCUCGAGUUGAAGGCAAUAUUGCUACACCAACAAUGCCAUUGUCAGAUAUCAUCUCCCGUUUUGAUUCCAAAGGGUUUUCAGUGCAAGAAAUGGUGGCUUUGGUCGGGGCUCAUACGAUAGGGUUUUCACAUUGCAAAGAAUUUAGUAAUAGGCUUUUUAACUUCAGCAAAACUUCAGAGACCGACCCUGCAUAUCACCCCAAAUAUGCAGAAGGGCUAAGGAAAUUGUGCGCAAAUUACACAAAGGACCCAGCUAUGAGUGCUUAUAAUGACGUGAUGACACCAGGAAAGUUUGAUAAUUUGUAUUAUCGAAAUUUGAAGACGGGGUUAGGGUUGCUGUCAACGGAUCAAGCCAUGUCUGUAGAUAAGAGGACCAAGCCCUUUGUCGACUUGUAUGCUGCAAAUGAGACUGCAUUCUUUAAAGAUUUCGCGCAUGCAAUGGAGAAAGUUAGCAUUUAUAAGAUCAAGACCGGGAAGAAAGGAGAGGUGAGGCACAGGUGUGAUCAGUUUAACGCUGCCAAAAUUAAUUUGCGAUGA